UCGAAACUGCCGCUUUAUCGCGAGUGUUCUAAAGAUUUUGAUAAUAGUACUAUCAUUACCUACAUCACUGUGAUAAAAGUCGCUGAGGACUGGAUUGUCUUAAGAAAAUAAGUUUUUAACGUUACGUAUUAUGCAGUGCACGAAGUGUCAAUUGUUAUAACUGCUGGUAUCAGUGAAUUGUGACAUUUUGUCGGAUGCCCCGGCACGCACCAUGGGUACGAAGAAAACUAUAAAGAUCACAGUGGUCGGAGAUGGCAUGGUCGGCAAGACCUGCCUGCUGUACGUGUAUACUAAGAACGAGUUCCCAGAGGAAUACGUUCCGACAGUAUUUGACAAUUAUGUUGGAUACAUCACCGUGGAUGGUGUGGAAGUAGAAAUGGCACUAUGGGACACAGCGGGACAGGAAGACUACGAGCGGUUAAGGCCGCUAUCUUAUAACCAAACUGGCUGCUUUUUGGUCUGUUACUCCGUUGGCAGCCGAUCCUCCUUUGAGAACGUCAUACACAAGUGGUAUCCUGAACUUAAUCAUUUUAGCAGUUCGGUGCCCAUUGUGCUGGUAGCAACGAAAACAGACCUGCGAGCUACCGGCAAAGCAGUUGUCACAACACAAGAAGGAAAGAAAUUAAAAAAGAAAAUACGGGCUGCCCGCCUAGUGGAGUGUUCUGCGCUAGAGAGAGUGCACAUGAACGAAGUAUUCGAGGAGGCGGUGCGCGCCGCGCUCCACAAGAAGCCCGUCCCCAAACGCAGCUGCCAAUAUCUUUGAUCAUUCACCACAUAAUUUUAUCAUGAGACCUGACAUAGCGCUGCAUAGCGAAUAAGAGUUAUCUAUAUAUACUCUUUCUUCGGCGUUUCUCCGUCGAUCUAUCUUUUUGAACAUAGCAUCUUUCUAUACAACAAUGACGGUCCAAAUGCGUAGGCUAAGUUUCUGUAAUUUAGAAAGGGAUAAAGCGAUGAAAAUUCCCGACGAAUAUUACGGAUGUAGGUAGAUACACCGUUAUUGUUAAUAUUUUGUGCCGCAACUCCUUUAUCAUGCUGCGAGGAUGGUCGACUAUUACCACACCGUUGUAACAAGUAGAUAUCCGUACUACAAAAGAAAUGAUCAGUAUUUUAAAAUACUUUUUUUAAUGGUGCCAAGGUAAAAUGCUCGUUAUUUGCUGUUUUUUUUAAGCUCGAGAUUCUUCAUUAUUCCUG